UAUACUGUAUACAGGCAGACGAUCGUUGUAUCUAUUUUAAAUGCGGUAUUGCUCUUACGAUCGAAUUAUAUAGAUAAUUAAUUAAAAACUUAUCAAAAUGCCUCGGGAAAUGAUUAUGUUACAAUUGGGGCAAUGUGGAAAUCAAAUUGGUUUUGAGUUUUGGAAGAAAUUAUGUGCGGAACAUGGAAUUAGUCCAGAGGGUGUUUUAGAAGAUUAUGUCACUGAAGGUAUUGACAGAAAAGAUGUCUUCUUUUAUCAGGCAGAUGAUGAACAUUAUAUUCCCAGAGCAGUUUUACUAGAUCUUGAACCACGUGUUAUUCAUACAAUAAUGACUUCGCCUUAUGCAAAAUUAUAUAACCCUGAAAAUAUAUAUUUAUCGAAAGCAGGAGGUGGUGCAGGAAAUAAUUGGGCAGUUGGUUACACACAGGGAGAAAAACUUCAUGAAGAAAUAUUUGAUAUUAUUGAUAGAGAAGCUGAUGGAAGUGAUAGUCUGGAGGGUUUUGUUUUAUGUCAUUCAAUUGCGGGAGGUACUGGUUCAGGAAUGGGAUCUUAUAUCUUGGAACGUUUAAAUGAUAGAUUUCCAAAAAAAUUGAUAGAAACAUAUUCAGUUUUUCCUAAUCAAGAUGAAAUAAGUGAUGUUGUUGUACAGCCUUACAAUUCUUUAUUAACUUUGAAGAGAUUGACACAAAAUGCAGAUUGUGUGGUGGUUCUUGAUAACACUGCUCUCAAUCGCAUUGCUGUUGAUCGUCUUCAUAUCCAAAAUCCAAGUUUUACCCAAAUUAAUAUGUUGGUUUCAACAAUCAUGUCUGUUAGCACAACUACUCUACGUUAUCCAAGUUAUAUGAAUAAUGAUCUGAUUGGUCUUAUUGCACCUUUAAUACCAACUCCUCGAUUACAUUUUCUGAUGACUGGCUACACACCUUUGACAACAGAUCAAGAGACUGCAAGUGUCAGGAAAACAACUGUAUUAGAUGUAAUGAGACGUUUGUUGCAACCAAAGAAUAUGAUGGUGUCAACAGCACAUGACAAAAAUGCAAAUCAUUGUUACAUCAGUAUAUUAAACAUUAUUCAAGGAGAAGUUGAUCCUACACAGGUUCAUAAAAGUUUACAAAGAAUACGUGAACGGAAAUUAGCUCAAUUUAUUCCUUGGGGUCCAGCAAGUAUUCAAGUUGCAUUAUCAAAGAAAUCUCCAUACAUUCAAACAGCACAUCGAGUCAGUGGCUUAAUGCUGGCUAAUCAUACAAGUAUUUCUUCGUUAUUUGAAAGAACAUUACGUCAAUAUGAUAAAUUAAGAAAACGAGAAGCAUUUUUGGAACAGUUUCGUAAGGAGGCAAUGUUCAAGGAUAAUUUAGAAGAAUUGGACUCUUCUCGAGAAAUAGUUCAACAGUUAGUUGAUGAAUAUACAGCAGCCACACAACCAGACUACUUAACUUGGGGAAUGCAACAGGUGAUAAUUUAAACAGAUUUUAAAUUAUCUAGAAAAUAAUUGUAAUAUAAUUCUCAUUAAUUCACACAUUAACACUUCUACUGUAACAUCUUGUAUAUGAAUGUAAAGCAAAAGCUCAAAAAAAUGUGCUAAUGGCAUGCUUACAUACUAAGAUUUGUUGUUAGUAUUGUGUGGGCAAAAUUAACAUAUCAUUACUAAAGAUCAAAUGUCAAAAGAAUUACUGUAUGCAAUAUAAAAAAUUCUAUUUAGUAAAGUUUGUAUAUGUACAAUUCAAUAACUUUAGAAAAUCU